UCUCUCAGUCCCGAAGGACUCGCUUAUUAUGGUGGACGUGAAAAUUAGGCCACGCGAUCGCUCUUAGCACUCGGUUUUCUCUGGCUUUUAACAUCGAUUAGCACGUUCUUUCACGUUCAGUUCAUCAUCAUGUGCGGUGGUUUGUUCGCUUUAUGAUCGCUCCCCUUUGGACACUGUAUCGGCUACGUAAGAAGGUGUGGUUUGGUCAGCAACAGUGAUAUCCAGCUUAGCCUAGAUCGGCCAAAAUGCCGCUUUUCAAGAAGAAGGUCGAGCGCAGGAAGUCGAUGAGUCGCAAGGAGAUUUCCUUGGCUCGCCUGGAGAACUUCCGCAAAGAAGUGAUCACUGACGAUCACACGGUGCCUUUGGGCGAAAUAUGCCGGCGCUUGAACACGGACCGAGACAAAGGCCUGACGGUGGAACAGGCCGCAGCAGUUCUGACCAAAACAGGCCCAAACGUGCUGACGCCAUCGCACAAAACGCCCGAGUACAUCAAGUUCAUCCGCACCCUAACGCAUGGUUUCUCGCUAUUGCUCUGGAUAGGGGCGGGGCUAUGUUUCGCCGCCUGCCUGAUCCGCAAACUGUCCCAAGAUGAGCUGGACACGGACAACCUGAUCUUGGGCAUUGUCCUGGUGGUGGUGGUGGUAGUUACUGGAUGUUUUAUGUUCUCGCAGGAGCACAAGAGCCAAAAGAUCAUGGAGUCGUUCGCCAACAUGGUACCGCCCAAGGCCACGGUGAUUCGGGGCGGCGAAACCGUCACCAUCGUCUCCAAAGACUUGGUAGUGGGCGAUCUGGUGGACAUGAAGUUUGGCGACCGCAUUCCGGCCGAUAUUCGCAUCAUUCAGUCGCAAGGAUUCAAGGUGGACAAUUCGGCGCUGACAGGCGAGUCGGAGGCACAGCCCCGUGGCAUCGACUGCACCAGCGAUAACCUGUUGGAGACGAAGAAUUUUGCCUUCUUUUCCACCAAUGCGGUGGAGGGCACGGCGAAAGGCAUCGUAGUUGCCACCGGCGACCAGACGGUGAUUGGUCGCAUUGCCGGGCUGACGGCCCGCCUCCAGCCCAACAAAACGCCCAUAGCGCGCGAGCUCGAGCACUUCAUGAAGAUCAUCUCCGUCUGGGCUUGUUUCCUGGGCGUUGUAUUCGGAUGCGCCGCCCUCGCCAUGAACUACUCCUGGAUUGAGGCCUCCCUGUUCCUCAUCGGCAUCAUUGUUGCGAACGUACCAGAGGGGCUGUUGGCCACGGUGACGGUGUGCCUGUCGGUGACCGCCAAGCGGAUGGCGGCGAAGAACUGCCUGGUGAAGAACCUGGAGGCGGUCGAAACGUUGGGCUCUACCUCGAUCAUCUGCUCGGACAAGACGGGUACUCUGACGCAGAACAAGAUGACCGUUUGCCACUUUUGGUGCAACAAUCGGGUCACCUGCGCCGACAGUACGCCCGAACAGAACGACGCACGUGCCUACAACCAAGUGGACGGUUUCAAGACGCUGAUGAGGUGCGCGAACCUCUGCAAUCGCGCCGAGUUUCUACAGGGCGAGGAACAGUUGCCGGUGCAGCAGAGACGCGUACGGGGCGACGCCUCCGAAGAGGCCAUUCUCAAGUUUGCCGAGCUCAGUCAGGCGCACGGCAGCCCCAUGGCGUUUCGCCACAACAACCCCAAACUCCUCGAGAUUCCCUUCAGUUCCACCACCAAGUACCAGAUAAGCAUCCACGCAAUGGAGGAGGGCUACUGCUUGCUGGCAAUGAAGGGGGCCCCAGAGCGAAUCCUGGCCAGGUGUUCGACGAUUUGCACGGAAUCGGGCACCAAGCCCAUGACGGACGAGAUGCGAGAGAUCUGCGACCGUGCCUGCACCGAGCUGGCCGAGAAGGGCGAGCGCGUGCUUGGCUUUGCGGAUCUUCAAUUGGACGCUUGCUACACGAAGGACUUCCAUUUCAAUGCCGAGCCGGCCAAUUUUCCGCGCAAAGAUCUGCGCUUCGUUGGUUUCAUGAGCCUCAUCGAUCCCCCCAGGCCCCAGGUCCCUGAUGCAGUGGAGCGCUGCAGAAGCGCCGGUAUUCGAGUCGUGAUGGUGACCGGGGAUCAUCCAAUUACGGCCAAAGCUAUAGCAAGAGAAGUGGGCAUUAUUUCGUGCGACGAGGUGAUCGACGCCUUCAACAUCAACAUCAUCGAGACGCUGCCACCCAGUAUGCGAAACAAGGGCAUAGUGAUCCACGGGUCGGCGCUGAGGGACAUGAACAACGACGAGCUGGAUCGAAUCCUGUACAAUUUCCGGGAGAUUGUGUUCGCAAGGACGUCGCCCACUCAGAAGCUGCACAUAGUGGAAGGCUGCCAGAGACUAGGGGAGAUUGUGGCCGUUACUGGGGACGGCGUCAACGACGCCCCGGCUUUGAAAAAGGCGGACAUUGGAAUCGCUAUGGGAAUAUCGGGGUCCGAGGUAUCUCAACAAUCCGCCGACAUGAUUCUGCUGGAUGACAACUUUGCCUCAAUUAUCACCGGAGUGGAGGAGGGCAGGCGCAUUUUCGACAAUCUGAAGAAGUCCAUCGCGUACACCUUGGCUUCCAACGUGCCCGAAAUUCUGCCCUUCCUGGCCUUUGUGCUCCUCAACAUUCCACUGCCUCUAGGCGUCAUGGCCAUUCUGUGCAUCGACCUGCUAACCGACAUGCUGCCGGCCAUCAGUCUGGCUUAUGAGAAGGCGGAAAGCGACAUAAUGCUGCGCCCUCCAAGGAACCCGCGCAAAGACAAGCUGGUCACUCGCAAGCUCUACUUUUUGGCCUACGGUCACAUUGGCAUGUUGGAGGCGAUGGGGGGCUUCUUCGUCUACUUUGCCAUCAUGGCCGAGCACGGCUUCAUGCCUAUGAAACUCUUUGGGCUACGUUCCCAAUGGGAUUCGCCUUUCAUCAACGAUCUGACCGACUCCUACGGCCAAGAGUGGACCUACGAGCACAGAAAGGAGCUGGAAUACACCUGCUAUACAGCCUUCAUGAUCUCUGUGGUGGUUUCGCAGUGGUUCGACUUGGUAGUAUGCAAAACGCGCAUUAACUCCAUCUUCAAGCAAGGCAUGGGCAAUAUGAUACUGAACGUGAGCCUGCUGGCUGAGACGGUGGUGGCCUGCAUGCUGUCCUACCUGCCCAACAUGUACUACCUUAAGUUCUACCCGGUGCUCUUCAGAUGGUGGUGCUACUCGCUUCCGUUCGCUCUGUUCAUCUUCCUGUUCGACGAGUUUAGAAAGUGGCGGCUGCGGAGCAGCCCCCAUGGCUGGUAUCGGCUGGAGACCUACUAUUAAUCCCAAAUAAGUGUGCCCCCACCCCAGUCCUAGAGUAUUAUGACAUAGUCGUUUAGCACCUAAUUAGCUGCUGUUGCUUAGGAAUAGCGACCAUAUCGAUUCACGUUAUAUAUUUUCCAAAAAAUAAAAUUAAACAAAACUAGAA